ACCCUCUGUUACGCGUUAAACCGUUGGCAAAUACCUUGCAGAGGAUUUCGGAAACAACAAACAAAAGAACCACUCGUUCGCAUUCAACCUCACCCUCCUUCUUUUGAGUCACUCGUCACGCACGCAUGCACGCUUUCUUUCUUUCUCUGUUUUUAAAUUAAGUAUAAUAUAUUAUCAGAUAUCGAGAGAGAGAUAGGAUUCAUCGUAUUGUUAUCAUCCCUUGCAAUCCAUGUUUCUGUUUCUACCACCAAAGCAUGAAGUUCUGCAAGACCUACCAGCAGUACAUGCAAGGACAUGGCCACAACAAGCUCCCUUCUGUUGGCUUCAAGAACCUCAAAAAGAUCAUUAAAAGCUGCAGGAGAGCCUCCACUCAACCUACCUGCCCUGAUCAUUGCCCAGUGUGCGAUGGGACCUUUUUCCCUUCCCUUCUCAAUGAAAUGUCAGAUAUAGUAGGGUGCUUUAAUCAGCGCGCGCAGCAAUUGCUGGAACUGCAUCUUGCUUCUGGCUUCAGAAAGUACUUUCUCAUGUUGAAAGGAAAAUUACACAAGAAUCAUACUGCUCUAAUCGAAGAAGGAAAAGAUCUAGUCAUAUAUGCACUCAUAAAUUCCAUCGCAAUUCGAAAAAUCUUGAAGAAAUAUGAUAAGAUUCAUUAUUCCAAGCAAGGCCAAUUAUUCAAGUCGAAAGUCCAGACCAUGCACAAGGAAAUUCUUCAAAGUCCCUGGCUUUGUGAGCUUAUUGCCUUACACAUUAACUUAAGGGAAACAAAAGCCAAGCCAAGGGAGGCAUCCGCACUGUUUGAUGGAUGUUAUCUCACAUUUACGGAUGGAAAACCAUCACUUACUUGUGAGCUCUUUGAUUCCGUCAAAAUUGAUAUUGACUUGACCUGCUCUAUAUGCUUGGAUACAGUGUUUGAUCCAGUUUCUCUGACAUGCGGCCACAUAUUCUGCUACACCUGUGCUUGCUCAACUGCAUCAGUUACCAUUGUCGAUGGACUUAAGGCAGCAAAUCCUAAAGAAAAAUGUCCUCUAUGCCGAGAGGGAAGAGUUUACGAAGAUGCUGUGCAUUUGGAAGAAUUAAAUAUUCUGCUAGGCCGAAGCUGCAGGGAGUACUGGGAGCAAAGGCUUCAGAUGGAGAGGGUAGAGAGGGUUAAGCAAGUUAAGGAGCACUGGGAAACGCAGUGUAGGGCGUUCAUGGGCAUCUAAAAAUAAAUAUAAACAAAUGUUCACUUUCUCUUUCAUUUCCCUAUUCGUCUCGUUUUCACACUCAUCUCAUGACACUUUGGGGUGUAAGUUUACCCAACAUCUAAACACGAUCAACUUCUCUUGGGUAUGGUAGUUUUCGGUUGAAAUGUCUGUGUGUUGUUUGAUCUUGUAUCUUAGCAGUAGCAUUUCUAAGUUGUUUAUUGGUAGUGUUCGUACUUGACUCUCUUCAAUGUAAAUAAAGGCUUCUACUUUAGGAAUUAUUAAUAUGGCCGUUUAUUUGCCAGAGGCUAAGAGUUGAGUGUUUAUACUUUGUACUUAACUCUGUUCAAUGUAAAUAAAGCCUCUACUUUAGGAAUUAUUUACUAAUGACCAUCUAUUUUGCUAGAGACUUAAA